AUGGCCCUGCGGCACAUGUCCAUGUGCCCUGGCAUCGCCACCCUCACCCUCUCCGACUGCCGUCGCAUCGAGGACAGCGGCCUAGCCAGCCUGCGGGCCCUCAGGGGGCUCACCUCCCUGGACCUGUCCUGCUGCACCAGCAUCACUGACGUUGGGCUGGAGCACCUCGGCAAGCUUGUGUCCCUCAAGACGCUCAAGCUACUGUGCUGCAGCAACAUUACGGAUGCGGGCCUGAAGGACCUUGGCCGCCUGACGCGGAUCACGGAGCUGGACCUCACCCUGUGCAAGAACAUCACCAACGCCGGGCUGUGGAACCUGGGCAACAUGACGCGGAUGCGCAAGCUUGACCUGUGCUGGUGCGGCCACAUAUCGGACAUGGGCCUCAAGGUGCUGGUGAAGCUGGCGCGGCUGAAGGUGCUUGACUUGUCGUGGGCGCCCAGCCAGGGGGCCCAGGCGCUCCAGGCGCUGGUGGACGAGGACGGGGACGUCACCAUUGUCAAGAGGCCAGUGGCGUGA